CUUGGUCACGUUGAUAUGGAUUCACUGUACGGCCAGAUAGCUGUGGGUAUAUUGGCUGGAGUGGGCUGUGGACUUUGUCUUGGAUGGCACUUUCGUGCUCGCUUCGGCAACUCUUCCAGGGCUGUCAUCUCAGCUGUCGGAAACGGCACCGGAAAUGAAACAAGUGUUAUGGGAGAAAGCGGCGAAUUCAAAAUGAUUCUUGUGGUUCGAUCCGACCUGAAGAUGGGAAAGGGUAAAGUUGCGGCUCAGUGCUCGCACGCAGCUGUGUCAGCCUACAAGCAAGUGCAACGCAGAAACCCGGAGCUCUUGAAACAGUGGGAAUACUGUGGCCAGCCCAAGGUGGUGGUGAAAACCAAUGACGAGGACAGUUUGUUAGAGCUGCUGACCCAUGCUAAAGAGGUUGGGCUGCCCGUCAGUCUGAUCCAAGACGCAGGGAGGACGCAGAUUGCACCAGGAUCACGCACUGUGCUCGGCAUUGGUCCUGGCCCUGCAGAUCUUGUGGACAAAGUCACCGGACACUUGAAGCUGUAUUGAACAAUAUAACAGGAAUACUUAAUUGUCUGUAGGAAAUAGUUUAAGUAACACUGGGACUGCCUCCCAAACAAGAUAUUUUUUUUAUAUCAUAGUUGUAUUUGAAGCUGUCAUGGGUUACAUUGUCUGUUAAAAUCAGAACCACAAUCCUUUGGCCUAAUCGAGCCCAGUUGCUUAAGUGCUCUUAGUUGUGCUGGCUGCGGUUGACAUGACAUUGGGACAACACUGGUGCUGAGUUUAAUAGGCAAGGUCCUUUACAUCGAGAAAUGUGACUCAAUGAAUACAAUGUAAAUGUCAAUACAUAUACCACAGUUGCAAACAUGUAUAAAGAAUGGUGACAAGAACCCAAUUUUCUUGACAAACAAGAAGCCUUUAUUUUAUGUGGAAAAGAAAACCGCCGUUUCGUUCAUGAUCCAGAUUAUGCACAAUCAACUAUCUUAAGUGCACGCUUAAUCUAAAGUCAUUUUGUUUAAGAGUAUAAGGUAGAGGGAGUUAAUGAUUGAUUUCUUGUAUACGCGCAAGCCUUUGAUCAAAACAUCCAAUUACCACAGUCGUGUGAUUUUUAACUCUGAGAUUCAGAGAGGGCCAACUGAAAAGAAAA